AUAAGCGAAUCUUCUGCACAGGUAGGAGAUAUAUUUCUUUCUAAAAGGUGAAAAGCGAAAUUGAAAUAUAUGUGCGGAUUAUUUGCAUACGCUAGUUCGGUUCUGAUAGAUUUUCCUUUCGACUACUACCUGCUUCACAAUCACUUUCCGGUAACAUAUUCUAAGAAUGCUUUCAUAAAUUGUAACGUAAAUAUCAGCUGAUUUUUUUGCCGUAUUUUCGGUUGCUAACCGGAUAUGUGCCGUUAAUUUGACGUGCUGUACUACUGUUUCUUCAAUUGAACUAAAAUACUAAAAUCAUGUAUGUCCGAUACCUAUGUCGAUAUGUGUCCUAUUAUUUUCCUUAAUUCCUAGUUAAUGCUUUUGGAACUGAGAACUUGCUUCAGAAUUGCUUUUUUUUUUGGCUGAUGUCGCCGAAUUACCUCUUGGCGAGCAAAAAUUGAAUUCCGCCAACGUGUUCUGUGUGGAAGUCAACCGUAUUGUGCAAUGUUUCAUGUGUAUGUAACUGCUUGAAGUACUUGUAAUCAUUCACAGAUAAUAAGUUCAUUAAAAGAUUGAUUAUGAACUACAUUAUUUGACUAUGCAUAAUAAUGUAUCUUCUUGAUGACGUAUUUAUUGCCCACGCCAUUUUCUUUGGAUCUGGAUUUAGGUUUAUAUCGUAAUGUCAUAGGUGUAUUGUUGGAGCAAAUGCACAUGGAAUGUACAAAUGCAUUGAAAUGUUGCAUAUUUUAGAGAUACAUAUGAGAGUUCUGACUUAUUUUGUUAUUGAUAUUAAUGCAGACGAAAUAUAAAAAUGAUGUAUGUGUUAGAAAAAUAUAUGAUAAUUCUCUUUUCUUAUUUGGUUACAUGUGAAACAAAAAAUGCUGAAUAUUGUGAAAAUGUUUAUAGUUCGUUGUGCUAAUUAUGUGACCUUAUUAUUUAUUGGCAGUUUUCGGAUAACUUGCUCUUAUUAUCUGUAGUGUAUAAAUAUAUUUACUGUUCAGCUGUGCUUGAACAUAAAGUAAAAGAACAGCAAUCACAUUUCAGCCGUAUUAAUAAAUGUUACUGAGUGAAUUUUAGUUUUUUUCAUGAUUUUGAAUUUGAAUGAGAAAACACAUUCCUAUGUAGUUUUUCUUCUCAACAAUACCAAUUUGAAAUGGAUCUAGAUAAAGUAACUAGUCAUUUUCUCCAUUCGUUGGAAUCCCAGGGUAAGAAAUAUGUAUUUGAUUGGUGUGUGGAUCAAGGUUUAAUUACAAAUAAGUAUAAAUGCCCAAAGUGUAAGAAAGCUAUGAAAUUGUCUGAAAGGAAAAACACUACAGAUGGUUUUGAAUGGCGUUGUCGUCUAGGGGGUCAUAGUAUUAGGCGGGGUAUUAGGAAAGGCUCAUGGUUUGCUGAGAGUCGUCUAAGUAUAGUAAGAGUGCUACUCAUUUCGUAUUAUUGGGUUCACAAAGUGUCAAAUAGUUUUAUUGAACAUGAAUUAAGUAUGAGUAGUCAGACUGUUUCAGACUGGAAGCGCUUUUGUAGGGAGUUAUGUCUGGAAUUUUGUCACAGCAAAAUGAAUCAAGUUGGUGGUGAUGGUAUUAUUAUUGAAAUUUUUGGGAAUAAGUUGGAAAAGAGAAAGUAUAGCAAGAGAAAAAUAUCAGAUGGUAAAUGGAUUUUUGGAGGUGUUGAAAAAGGAAGCAAUAAAUAUUUUUUAAAAGUAGUCAAAGAUGGGAGUAAAGAAAGCUUUCUAGAUUUUAUUAAGUCUUAUAUUUUGCCAGGAACAACAAUAGUCUCUGAUUGUUUUAAAACAUAUUCCUGUUUGGAGGAUAAAAGUUUUCAGGAUCUUGCUGUUAGCAGUAAUCUUUGUUUUAAAUUUCAAAGUUCAAACUCUGAUUUGAACAACACAAGAAUGGACUUUGCAGUGAAUGCAUCUUCUGCGAGGAAAGAAGAACAACAAGCAUUUUUUUUUGCUGAAUAUAUUUGGAGAAAAAAUGCAAAAAAGUCAUUUGCAUGCUUUUUAGAAAGCAUAAAACAAGUUUAUCCUGCCCAAGAGGAAGAUUCUUCAGAAGAAGAUUAACUACAGUAUUGAAGUUUGAUCCAUAUUUGUAAAGCCUCCAAAAUGUAAAUGUUGAUUUUGCCCAUGAAAAUUAUGAGGCAGCUGAAAAAGUGUCUUCUUCUUCUCACAGUUUUUAUUCUUUUGAUCCUUGCCUCUCAAAUAGCUUCCUUAUGGAGAGAAUAUACCUGGUUUAAAGAAACAGAAGCUGUUACUGAUGAUCCUUGGCAGAAAAAACAUUGGAAACAUGUCAAAAUUUUGACUGAUAGUUUAAUUCAAAUGCGAGGAUCUAAAACAAUUCUGUUAUGGACAAAAUUUUUUGGUGCUCCCGAUUUUAUACCAAAAUUAUCUAGUCUUGGUUGUCCAUUACCAAAGUGUUCCAUUACUUCAGAUCGCUCAUUCUUAAAUAAAACUGAUGCAGUGAUAUUUCAUUUGCGGGAUAUGGAUUUGCAUGAUAUGCCUGCUUUCCGAAUGCCAAAACAGAUAUGGAUACUCGUUCACCACGAGUCUCCUCCUCAUACUCCUGACAUACUUAAGAAUCUUGAUGGUGUUUUCAACUGGACUGCUACUUACAGAUUUGAUUCAGAAAUUUUACUUACACCAUUGGUCAAAAAACGAAGUCAUCCAAUAACAGAUAUGACAAAUUACGCACGAAAUAAAAAACGAAUGGUAGUGUGGCUUGUUAGUAAUUGUAAAACUCCAAGCAGGCGAGAGGAAUAUGUGGCAGAAUUACAGAAAUAUAUACCAGUACAUAUUUAUGGAAGUUGUGGGCAGUAUUCUUGUUUGCCAAAAAUGUCUGAUGAAUGUUAUCAAAAAUUAGGUAAAGUGUACAGAUAUUACCUUUCAUUUGAAAAUUCUAUUUGUAAAGAUUAUGUAACAGAGAAACUUUAUCAUGUCUUGAACACAAAUAUGGUACCAGUUGUUUUAGGAGGAGCUAAUUAUUCUGUUGUAGCACCACCACAUUCUUUUAUCGAUGCAUUAUCCUUCAAAACUCCCAGAGAUUUAGCUCAAUAUUUACUUGAGAUCGCAAAAGAUGACAAAAGAUACAAUCAGUUUUUUGCAUGGAAACAAACUCAUGAACUAAGUUCUGAGCAUUACGCUUGUAAAAUUUGUCGUAUGUUAAAUGAAGCCAAAAUGAAAAGUUCAACUUAUAUAAAUGUAAGUAAAUGGUGGUUUCAAGAGGCCAAUUGCAAAUCCUGGUCGCCUCUAUCAGUAUCAUAAUAAAAGUUACCACUUGGUUUACUUUAAUGUGAUAUUAAUGUUCAUAAUUGAGAUUAUUUAAUGUUAUGAGCUAGAUCAAAAUGUCUACAUAUCACACUGGUAUUGAAGUUCCAGUUCAAAAAAAUGCUUUGAUAUAAAUCUGUAUAGCUACCCAAAAAUUUUAAUUGUAUUGUGCUCAUUUUCAAAUUUUGCUAUAUGCUGUCCCAGAAGAAAAGAAAAUUCAAGGUAAUAUUUAAAGUUUAAUUUAAGCAAUGCGUUGCAUAAAGAUGACUAUAAAUAUAUUUCUACAAUAAAAAAUGUAAAAAAAAAAAUCAAUUAAAAUUUAUUAGAUAUAAAUUUAGCAAAUCAAUAAAAAUAAUUUGUCUUCCACUUCAUGCCAAAUCCAUUACCUGGAGAUUAUUUUACUCACAAUUAGUUUGUAAAUCUGCCUAAAGAGGGCAGUACAUAUUCAGUGACAUAUAUAACUAGACUAGUUUAUCUAUAUCCAUGAAUAUGUAUUUGUCUCUUAGUUUUUCAGGCAAGAAAUAUGAGCCUACUUAUUACUACAAGGGCCAGCACAAAGCAUUUCACUACCCAGUGCAGUCUUUGUGGGUCUUAAAUUCUGCUGCCAUGAUCUUCCCUAAAUUGUAAAAAUUUUGUUACCUAGUGUCUGUUUUAAAUUUUAAGAAUUUUCUUAUUCCUAAAUUUUGCUGAUUGUUACUUCCCUUAUUUCUAAAAAUGUUGCUGCCCCUAAAUCCUACUGCAUGAUGCGACUGCACUGGUUCUGACAUCAGCCCUGCCCACUUCUAUCCUGCUUUACUGCUCUUAGCCAACUUAUGAGUAAUAACUAAAAUAAAAUUUUUGAAGUUCUAUUUAUGAAUAUAAUUAAAGUGUCUUAAGUUUAUUAAGUAUUGAAGUUUUGUAACAAAUACUCAAAAAAAAAAAAAAAAAAAAGUACAAUUUGUGAUAUGUAGACAAUAGGUAAAGAUUUGCUUCUGUAUUUACUGUUUUAGCAGCCAAUUAAAUGACUAACACGUUUUAUGAUUUCACCUGUAGCUGCAUUAGGCAAAAAAAAAAAAAAAAGUCUUAUAUGUAUGUGCCAAAUUGUGUUAUGUGGCCAUCAUGGAAUUUUAUAUGCACUGUGCUUUUUACAUUUUUUGCGCUAAGAAUUAGGUAUUGUAUAUGUAAGUGAAAUUAUGUCAAAUUUAUUAUGUAACAGAGAUUAGUUUAACUGGAGGCUUAAUUAACAUUUUGAAAGUUUUAUUUUGAGUGUUUUAAAUUUUAUGAAACUCCUGUUUGGCAUUCUAGGAAGUUUAACUUUUAUGUGAAAUAUGAAACAAUAUUUCAAGGGUUAGCUGAUUAAAUAAUUUCAAAGAAUUUGUAGCUUUUAAGAUGAGAAACAGUUCCACAUUUUUACAUGUAUUGUUUUAUAUUAGCCAUACAUGUAUGUGCUCAAAAUAUACAAUUUGUAAGACAGUUGCAGUAUCUAAGAACUUUUUUUCGUACCAAAACACAUAUCUCAAGAUUUCAAAUCUGAAUGAGAAAGAAAAAGAGAACUUAAAGAAAAUAUAGGAUUUCAGAAAUUUAGAUUUAUGUAUAAAUGUGAAAGUUCUAUUAUGUCGAAGUCAAGUGGAAUUAUAUUCAGUGUAUUACAGAUAAAGAGUAUGAUAUGAGGUAUUUUUCAGUAUGUUUCCAGUCUGUGAUAGGAAAGUACUCUUUAUGAAAAGAGAUUUAAUGCUUCCAGUCCAUUAUAAGAAAAGUGCUUUAUAUGUAAGAAAAAAGGUUAUGUGAAUUUAUGACAUUUGGUCCACUGAGUAUUAUAUACAUUACAGCUUAUGUAAUAAAGUCAACAGUUUAGUUGAAUUGCUUAUUGGCAGUGACAUUCAAAAUUUUCUCUAUUAUGUAUUUUUCUAAAAACGCAUUUUUGGUUUGUCAUUUUAUAUUUUUUUUCAUUUAUUAAUGCCCCAUUUAAUUUAUUAGAUGGUUUAUUUGUAUCUAUCACUUUGGUUUAAUUUAUUUCCAUGUGUGUAUUUUUUUACUAUAUUUUUACAUUUUUAGAUCUUAAUUUGUGCUUAUUAAGUGCCUGAAAUUUUAAAUGUUUAUGGAAUUGAAAUAUUUUUGUAAGAAUAAUAAAAUGAUAAUUAUUUAAUAUUUGAUUAUGUAAACUUUAUUUCAUAUAACAAAAUUAUAAAUUAUAUAUGUAAAAUAUUAUUAAUUGAAGUUUUGAAAAUUAUAAAUAAGUUGUCAAUGUAUUAAAAGCUAACAUAUGUUGCCAUUCAGUAAAUAUGUAUAAUUUGAAUAAUCUCUUAUAAUAUAAAAAUUAGUGUGAAAGUAAGUCACCAGGGCAGAGAGGUCUUAUUUUUGUAUUAUGAUUGCUUAAGUCAAGCAUUUUGUUUUAUGAGAUCAUUUCAGAGCUAUAAUGUAGAUUUGUAAAGUGUGGUAGGAUUAAAAUACAUUAGGCAAAAAAAUUGUAAAAAUAAAAAGGAAAGUCAUUUGAAA